UUAUAUCUUUAAACUAAUCCAGUGAGGCUAAUUAAUGUAUCAGAAAUUAGAAUCAAGGUGACAAGCUGUAUAAAAAUUUCAACAUUUUCAACAGCACAGCAAGCCCAGCCCCUUAAGCCUUAAAGUGAAACUGAGGGUUACAGUGCCAGCCCUCUAACUACCUGUCUGCGAUACCGUUUGCACUACUGUAUUUGCCUUCUCAGGUUUCAGGAGUGAUCCUGUUGUUGUUUUUCUCCACAACGCAGAGUCAGCUUGGAUGGAUGGACACACAGUACAGCUGUGACACGAGAAAGACUUGACUGUGUUGCACUGCAGCGACAAAGAAAGACUUAAGCGUGUGAAGAAUGAACAGCAGGCACCAGGAAACAUCAGCAGACAUACAGGAGACAGAGUUUGGGAGUCCUGCCCUGUCCAAACAGAGGAGGAUCAUCCACUUCUCCAAUGGAGAAACUCUGGAGGAGGAAGACAGUAAGGAGGAGGAGCAGGUCUCAAACAGACCUCCCUUCUUGGAACCUGCAGAGAAGGCUAGGCUGUCAUUCAAGAAUGUGGCCAUUCUAGUUGGGAGGAUUUCACUGCUGACUUGUGAUUUCCUUGGAGAGAGACUGGCUGGUGCACUAGGAUUGACUGCAGCCAAAUACCAGUAUGCUAUAGAUCAGCAUCAUCGAAAUCAGAAGAGAAAAAGCAGCAAAGCCACAGACAACCUGAUGGAAGGACAGGCAGAGACGAUCCAACUCUCUCCGGGACUGGAUGGGAGUCAUUAUGGAGCUACAGGACAUAUGAAAUGCCUUGCUGAUUCCCAGGAGAGCUGCGAUGAGAAACAUAUGGACACAAGCAGAGGAUGUCAAAACAGAGCCUAUCAGGCAGAUGAGGAUUAUUUGAAAUGAAACUAGAAGAAGGAAAAUAAAGGGUUGUGAUUUGAUGUGAAA